AUGAUGCCUUCCCUUUCCAAUUCUGAUGAGUUGAUUUUCUUUGUGAAUGGAAGAAAGGUAAUAGAGAAGAAUGCUGAUCCAGAAGUCAAUCUACUGUUCUACCUGAGGAAUGUCUUACAUCUCACAGGCACUAAAUAUGCCUGUGGAGGAGGAGGCUGCGGUGCCUGCACAGUGAUGCUGUCAAGAUACAACUCCAAGACCAAGAAGAUCCACCACUACCCAGCAACAGCAUGCCUGGUGCCUAUCUGCUCUCUGUAUGGGGCUGCUGUCACCACCGUGGAAGGUGUUGGAAGCAUCAAAACCAGAAUUCACCCUGUGCAGGAACGACUGGCCAAGUGUCAUGGCACACAGUGUGGAUUCUGCAGCCCGGGGAUGGUGAUGUCCAUCUACACAUUGCUCAGGAACCACCCCGAGCCCACACCUGGACAGAUCACCGAAGCUCUUGGAGGUAAUUUGUGCCGAUGUACUGGAUACCGACCCAUUGUUGAAAGUGGGAAAACUUUCUGUUUGGAAUCAACUGUUUGUCAACUGAAAGGAUCAGGCAAAUGUUGCAUGGAUCAAGGUAAAGAAUCUUCGAGCAGACAGGAAAAAAUAUGUACCAAACUGUAUAAUGAAGAUGAAUUCCAGCCCUUGGAUCCAUCCCAGGAGCCAAUAUUCCCUCCUGAACUAAUAAGAAUGGCAGAAGACCCAAAUAAAAGAAGACUGACAUUCCAAGGUGAAAGGACUACCUGGAUUACCCCUGUGACCUUGGAUGACCUUCUAGAGCUGACAGCCAGGUUCCCCAAAGCUCCACUCAUCAUGGGGAACACUACAGUGGGACCCAGCAUUAAAUUUGAAGAUGAAUUCCAUCCAGUUCUUAUAUCUCCACUUGGGCUUCCAGAGCUAUAUUUUGUAAACUCCACGGAUGAUGGGGUGACAAUAGGAGCAGGAUAUAGCUUGGCCCAACUGAAUGACAUCUUACAUUUCAUUAUUUCGGAGCAACCAAAGGAGAAGACCAAGACUCAUCAUGCUCUCCUGAAACACCUGAGGACUCUUGCAGGAGCCCAGAUUAGGAAUAUGGCCACUUUAGGAGGACAUGUGGUGAGUCGGCCUAAUUUUUCUGACCUAAAUCCCAUUUUAGCAGCAGGAAAUGCAAUCAUCAAUCUGGUAUCUAAAGAAGGAGAACGGCAGAUUCCUUUAAAUGGCCCUUUCCUUGAGAGAUCACCUGAGGCCAACCUGAGACCAGGCGAGGUGGUUUUGUCCAUUUUUAUUCCUCACUCUUCUCAGUGGCACUUUGUGUCAGGGCUCCGGAUGGCUCAGCGUCAGGAAAACGCGUUUGCCAUAGUCAAUGCUGGCAUGAGUGUGAAGUUUGAAGAUGGCACAAACAUCAUCAAAGACCUUCAAAUGUUCUAUGGAAAUGUGGGCCCCACCGUUGUCUCUGCAAGUCACACCUGCAGGCAGCUCAUUAAAAGGCAAUGGGAUGACCAAAUGCUGAGUGAUGCAUGUCGAUGGGUCCUGGAGGAGAUUCAGAUUCCACCCACAGCCAAAGGUGGCAUGGUGGAGUUCCGGAGGACCCUCAUCAUCAGCUUACUCUUCAAAUUCUACCUCCAAGUGCGUCAAGGACUGAAUGAAAUGGAUCCUUACAAAUUCCCAGAUAUCCCAGAAAAGUUCGUGAGUGCUCUAGAAGAUUUUCCCAUAGAAACACCCAAAGGAAUUCAGAUGUUCCAGUGUGUGGAUCCUCACCAAUCCCCACAAGACCCAGUUGGACAUCCAGUCAUGCACCAGUCAGCCAUUAAACACACCACAGGGGAAGCUGUGUUUGUUGAUGACAUUCCGCCCAUCAACCAAGAACUCUUCCUUGCAGUGGUCACCAGCACCAAGGCUCAUGCGAAGAUCUUAUCAAUUGAUACUUCAGAAGCCAUGUCACUUCCUGGUGUGGUUGAUGUAAUCAUGGCAGAGGAUGUCCCAGGGGAUAAUAACCAUAAUGGGGAGAUUUUAUAUGCACAGCAUGAGGUAAUCUGCGUAGGUCAGAUCAUCUGCACUGUGGCUGCCGAUACUUAUGCACAUGCGAAAGAGGCAGCCAAAAAAGUGAAGAUUGCUUAUCAAGACAUAGAGCCGAAGAUCAUUACCAUAGAGCAAGCCCUAGAGCAUAAUUCCUUUCUAUCUGUUGAGAGAAAAAUUGAGCAAGGAGAUGUAGAGGGUGCAUUUAAACAUGUGGAUCAAAUCGUUGAAGGUGAGGUGCAUGUAGAGGGACAGGAACAUUUCUACAUGGAAACACAAACUAUCCUGGUUAUCCCCAAAGCAGAAGACAAAGAAAUGGUAUUACACCUUGGGACUCAGUUUCCAACCCAUGUGCAGGAAUUCGUGUCUGCAGCACUGAAGGUCCCCAGGAGUAGAAUCGCCUGCCACAUGAAAAGAGCUGGAGGAGCAUUUGGGGGAAAAGUGACAAAGCCCGCCCUGCUGGGAGCUGUCAGUGCCGUGGCUGCCCACAAAACUGGCCGCCCAAUCCGCUUCAUCCUAGAACGUGGUGAUGACAUGCUGAUAACUGCUGGCCGCCACCCACUCCUGGGAAAAUACAAAAUCGGGUUCAUGAACAAUGGAGAGAUCAAAGCUGCUGAUGUCGAGUGCUACAUCAAUGGUGGAUGCACUCCUGAUGAAUCAGACUUGGUGAUGCAGUUUAUUGUGCUGAAAUCUGAAAAUUCCUACAGUAUUCCUAAUUUCCGCUGCCGAGGUAGGCCUUGCAAAACCAAUUUGCCAUCCAACACAGCCUUUCGAGGAUUUGGCUUCCCUCAGGCAACGGUGAUGGUAGAAGCUUAUAUAACUGCUGUGGCAGCACGGUGUAACUUACCCCCGGAAGAGGUCAGAGAAAUAAACAUGUAUAAGGAAACUAGCAAAACAGCCUACAAUCAGACAUUUAAUCCAGAGCCCCUGAGAAGAUGCUGGAAAGAUUGCCUGGAGAAAUCUUCAUUUUAUGUUAGGAAACAGGCUGCAGAGGAAUUUAACAAGAAGAAUUACUGGAAGAAGAGGGGGCUUGCUGUCAUUCCCAUGAAGUAUACCAUUGGGGUUCCUAUGGCCUUCUAUAAUCAGGCAGCAGCUCUGGUCCACAUCUAUCUGGAUGGCUCUGUCUUGCUGACUCAUGGCGGCUGUGAACUGGGACAAGGCCUGCACACCAAAAUGAUUCAGGUGGCGAGUCGAGAACUGAACAUCCCCUCCUCGUACAUACACCUAUCAGAAACAAACACCACCACGGUGCCCAACGCGCUCUUCACAGCGGGCUCCAUGGGGACCGACGUCAAUGGGCGAGCCGUGCAGAAUGCCUGUCAGAUACUUAAGGAACGUCUUCAGCCCAUCAUCAGGAAAAAUCCGAAAGGAAAAUGGGAAGAAUGGAUUGCAAAAGCCUUUGAAGAAUCCAUCAGCCUCUCAGCUACUGGAUAUUUCAAGGGCUACCAGACAUACAUGGACUGGGAGAAGGAGGAAGGCAACGCAUACCCCUAUUUCGUUUAUGGAGCCUCCUGUUCGGAGGUAGAGGUGGACUGUCUGACUGGGGCUCAUAAGCACCUCAGGACUGACAUCUUCAUGGAUGCUGCUUUCAGCAUAAACCCAGCUCUGGACAUUGGACAGAUUGAGGGAGCAUUUAUCCAAGGCAUGGGAUUUUAUACCAUAGAAGAACUGAAAUACUCCCCGGAAGGUGUACUUUACUCUCGGGGUCCAGAUGACUACAAAAUCCCCACCGUCACUGAGAUACCAGAAGAAUUGUAUGUCACUUUGGUGCAUUCAAGAAAUCCCAUAGCCAUCUACUCAUCCAAGGGACUGGGUGAGGCUGGAAUGUUCUUAGGGUCCUCUGUAUUGUUUGCCAUAUAUGAUGCAGUGACCGCUGCCCGCAGAGAGAGAGGCCUGGACAAGACCUUUCCACUGAGCAGCCCAACAACCCCUGAACUGAUCCGCAUGGCUUGUGUGGAUCAGUUUACUAACAUGAUUCCCAGAGAUGACCCUUCAACAUUUACGCCUUGGUCCAUCAAUGUGUCUUAG